ACAGCCAGCGGAUACGCAACGCAAACGAAAGCAAACCAAAUAAAAGACAAUUCUGUAUAUUAAAACAAUUUGCUGAAUAAAUUUGAAGCAAAACAAACGUAAACAAUUUUUUUUUCAUAACUAAACAAUUGCCCUCCGCGCUAACAGCGAAGUGGGUGUGUAUAUUUUUUACUAUASAGGCGAUAAGGAGAGUGAAAAGGCGAGAAAAAGAUUUAUAAGCAGCGCUAACAUAUUGUAAUACACUUUUUCCGAAAACAAAUUGCUGUGGCAUACAAAAGUGCUGUCCACUUAAAGGAGCUUUCGAGCAAAUCCUGCUGUCGCAACAACACUUAAUAGAGAACCAGCCAGAUGCCUGCACUAAGUAACGGCAGAAACAUGGACAUUGUUAUCCGCGAAGAGGAUGUGUCAGUGGCACAGGUGGGCAUUUAUGCGUCCAUAUCCUUUCUGGUGGUGACUGUUGUGGGUGCAUUGUUCUACGUUUCGUGUUCGAAAAAAUAUCGACUCAAUUGGUUUGAGAAAAAUUUACUGGAAUCGGCUGCAGAGAAACAGGAUACCGAACAGUGCACCGAUCCGCUCGUUGCCGGCAAUGCAGCUUUUAAUGCGGACAACAUCAGCGAAUGCUCUCGUUCUCGUUCGAUUUGCAAGGGCAAUAUAAGCCCCACAUCCAUUAAUACUGACGAUCCCACUUUUUGGGUGCCACCGCCGCGCAAGACUGUGCAACAACAGGUUUCAACAUCUGCAGAAGAGUCCCCACCACCAACACCCACCUCACCAACGGGUAGUUUGAAAUCGAAUACGCUCUCGAUGUCUUCAACGAGCUCCGUGCCUAUAACACGUUCGGAUAAGCACGUCGUCUUGGGCAUGAACCCCAGCAGACCAAAGGUGGCGUCGAUGAGCGCCAAAUUGGACCACACAAAAAUCGACAUGUCUCUCUAUAGAAAUAAUUCUCAACAGAAGGGAUCGCCGCAAGGCAGUGAUGAUAUUCGUGGCAAUAUUCAUUUGAGUGUGGUCUAUGACACAAUAGCCGGCAUGCUCUCCGUACAUUUAAUAGAAGCACAAAAUUUGCAACCGCGCGACUUCAGCCGCACAGCAGACCCAUAUGCCAAAGUACGUCUGCUUCCCGAGAAGAAGAAUUUCUGGCAAACGCGCAUACACAAGAAAACUCUCAAUCCUAUUUUCGAUGAGGAUUUCGUCUUUGAAGAGAAUGCAAAUGUAAUCGAUAAGCGCACAAUUGAGAUUUUGCUCUACGAUUUUGACGCGUACUCACGCCAUGUCUGUAUUGGAGGCGCCCAAAUACCGUUAAACAGCUUGGAUCUGAACGAAAAAGUUGAGUUGUGGACACCGUUAGGCUCCUGUGCAGAGCAAGACAUGAAGGUCGAUUUGGGCGACAUUAUGGUUUCGCUCUCAUUUCUGCCCUCAGCUGAACGCCUGACCGUGGUAUUGAUCAAAGCGCGCAACUUACGCAUAAUAGAUGAUUCGCGGAACUCAUCAGAUCCGUACAUUAAGGUAGCGCUACUGUCCGAUGGUAAGAAAAUCAAGAAGCGUAAAACUGGCGUCACACGUAAUACCAUAAAUCCGGUAUAUAACGAAGCACUAACAUUUGAUGUUAACAAGGAGACAUUGAAGAAUUGUCUCAUUGAGUUUACGGUCGUUCACGAUGGACUGUUGGGCUCCAGCGAAAUUUUGGGUCGUGCAGUCAUUGGCAACUCUGCAGAAGUGCGCCCCGAGGAACGCAUGUUUUUCGAACAAAUGUUCCGUUCCAAAAAUUCACUCGCCCAAUGGGUUCCACUGCAGGAGGCUAGCAAUCAGCGCGGCAAUUUAACUAAUCCACCAACCAAUUUGAAUUAAAUGUUAUGAUAACAGCACAAUUUGCUGGUCGAACAGACAGUUAUUAUAGCGCUGUUAUUACGGAACAGUGAGUUUAAACAGAAAACGUUAAUGACAGCGGUGUUAAUAACAGUGAAUGAUUAUAACACAAAAUGUUAUUUUCAGAAAAUGUUGAUGCAAAAAUUCUCUAUUAGGAAAAGUUGACAACUUCUUUUCUUUAGUGAAUUAAAAAAACUAAAUACAUUAACAUUUUCAGCUGUUAUUAGUCUGCAGAAAAUUAAUUUUGUAAUUCAACCAUUCAAAGAAACUGCUGUCAUAUUAUUAUGUGUUUUGUGUUUACUGAAAUUGCUGCGUUCGUGUUUAAU